UGCAGUGUAAGUAGAAACAGGCCUUGUGUUUGUGUUGACAUGGAGAGAAUGAACAGCACAAGUUCUUCAAUCAGAAGGCGUUCAAUGAGUAUAUCAAGUCAUACAAGCCACCAUGAUGGUGAGUGUGAGAGAGUUUCAGAGGCUGGAGAUAUUGGGGAUAGAGCUCUUCCAAGCAGAAGGUUCAGUGAGAGCAGUAGCACCCACUUCUCUUUUGACAACAUAUCAGAAGAAAAUGGAGCUGUUGUUUCCACUGCACAGGAGGAAAUAAUGCACCCUAACUCCACCCUUUCAACAGGUGAAAUAGUAGGUUCUGAAGACACAAACCAUGAACCUCGUAGAGGUUUGCCAGAGUUACUAGACUACGCUUCAUGUAUGGUUCAAAUGGCUGUUUUCGGAAUUCUUGGGGUCUUGACAAGAUAUUUACUGCAAAAGUUAUUUGGCCCUGGGGUUGCCAGUGUGACAAGCAACCAAACUAUUCUUUACCUUGACCUUCCUUCUAAUAUGAUUGGUUCAUUUCUUAUGGGAUGGUUUGGUGUUGUAUUCAAAGUAGACAUAUCUCGUGUGUCAGAGCAUCUAGCCAUAGCAAUAACAACUGGUUACUUAGGAAGCCUCACAACCUUCAGUGGUUGGAAUCAAAAAAUGCUUGAACUAAGUGUUUCUGGUCACUGGCACUUUGCUGCACUUGGCUUUCUAGUAGGUUUAUUUCUUGUUGCCUUUUCCAUCAUAUUUGGGAUUGAAACUGCAAAGGGUUUCAGGUGGCUUGUUAACAAGCUGAAUAUGAGUUGUGGAAGUGAUGGCUCUAAGAUCAACUGCAAAGUAGACAGCAGUGGCCGUCAGUUGACAGUUAUGAUGAUGUUCUUGGUGAUAUUGGCCAUAUUAUGGGGUGUCUGCGGGGCAUUAGUAAAGGCUGAGUUCAAGCAUGGUGGCAGUGCUGCUGAGUUAUGGUUUGCUUGCAUGGUUGGACCAAUAGGUGUGUGGAUUCGAUGGUUCUUGGCGCGGCUCAAUGGUUGUGGCUUGGGAAAGGCAGGGUUGCUUAAAUGGAUUCCAUUUGGAACUCUGAUUGCCAAUGUAUCAGCUGCUUGUGUUAUGGCUGCACUUGCUACUGUGAAAGAUGCAGUGCACAACAGGGAUUGUGAUACUGUUGUAACAGGAAUUCAGUUUGGUCUGUUGGGGUGUCUGAGUACUGUCUCUACUUUCGCUGCUGAGUUUAAUGCAAUGAGAGAAAGUAGCUAUCCUUGGAGAGCCUAUGUAUAUGCCAUUAUUACAGUGUCUCUCUCAUUCACUCUUGGAAUCUUGAUAUAUUGCAUCCCAGUUUGGAAAGGGGUUUGACAUAGACACAGUUUGUAUGCUCCAACCAUCAAAGUUGCGUUUGGAAUCUUGA